AAUAACACAUGAAACUCUUGGUUGUGAAAUGCAUAACUUGCUACAUGUUUCAAUCGUUGUAGAAAAUAACAUAAUUAAACAAGUACUUCAUGAUNGGAAUACAAAGGAUAUGUUUUACUUUCUUGUUACUGCUGAAUUUCAGGUCAUUCAUUACAAAGGCUGAAGAACAGACAUACCUCGGAAGUAGCUGCGAUAACACCCCCCAACAAACUCUCAGCAGUGCAUACCAAACCAACCUUGAUAGAAUCCUGAACUGGAUGUCCUCAGAUUCAGCCACAAGCAAUGGUUACAACAUCACCACCAUAGGCUCCAACAAUAGCUCUUUGUACGGCCUCUAUUAUUGUGGGAGUGACUUGACUGGAUACAGUUGUCAAGUUUGUAUUUCCACUGCUGCAAGAGAUGCCCAUCGGCUCUGCUCCAAUAGGGUGUCUGCUGUGGUAUGGCAUGAUUACUGCGUUAUAAGGUACUCAAAUGAGGACUUCUUUGGGAAAGCUAUGACAUAUCCAACAUGGCAUGUUCUCGGAACAAAAAACAUAUCGAAAAUAACAGAGAUUCAGAUAGGUGAGGAUUUUUUGAGAAGUUUGAUCAGAAAAGCAACUAAUGGAACCAACCAGUUGUAUUAUAGGGAUGGCUUCAAUUUGAGUGCCACUGAGAGUAGGUAUAGUGUGGUGCAAUGCUCUAGAGAUCUCACAAAUGAAGUGUGCAGACAAUGUUUGGAGGACAUACUAGCUGAACUUUCCAAAUGCUGUGAACAAAAACUAGCAUGGANUAUUUGGUCUGGAAGUUGUUUGAUUCGGUAUGAUGAUUAUAUGUUCUACCUUCUUAAUACCCAACCACCUUCAGCUCCUGCUCCCAAUGUACAAGAUAAACAAGGGAGUGAUAACCGGUCAAAAAUAUUGAUCAUUACCUUGAGUGUGACUGGGCCAAUAAUUGUGCUAUGUUUCAGCGUGUAUUCCUUCUGGCAUAGGAAAAGAGUGAGAAAAGAACGGCUUCCUCUACCAUCUUUUCACAAAAUUCAACCAGGGGAAAUGUGGAACACGGACCUGCCUAGAAUCCCAUUAAUCACAAUUCUAGAGAGUACUGAUAACUUUUCAGAAGCAUCUAAAUUGGGGGAAGGCGGAUUCGGCUCCGUUUACAAGGGAACUCUGCCUGAUGGAACGCAAAUUGCAGUAAAAAGACUCUCAGAAUUUUCUGGUCAAGGCUCGGAGGAGUUCAAAAAUGAAGUAAUGUUUAUAGCUAAAUUAAGGCAUCGUAACCUAGUAAGACUUUUAGCAUGUUGCUCAGAGGGAAAUGAAAAGAUACUCGUAUAUGAGUAUUUGCCGAAUAAAAGUCUCGACUUUCACCUAUUUGAUGUUGAGAGAAGAAAACAAUUCGAUUGGAAACUAAGAUUAAGCAUUAUCAAUGGAAUAGCAAGAGGUAUGUUUUACCUUCANGAGGACUCUCAACUGAGAGUAAUNCAUAGAGAUCUCAAAGCCAGCAACGUUCUAUUAGACCAUGACAUGAAUCCCAAAAUAUCCGAUUUUGGAUUGGCAAGGGCAUUUGAAGUGGGACAGAACCAAGCAAAUACAAAACGAGUUAUGGGCACUUAUGGAUACAUGGCUCCUGAAUAUGCUAUGGAAGGACUAUUUUCAGUGAAAUCUGAUGUUUUCAGCUUUGGAGUUCUUGUUCUAGAAAUCAUU